AUAGCUAGCUGGCGCCCUCUCUCAGGUGUAUUCCGAUUUUGAAAGGCCGCCAUGAUGGCGACGGAGGUUUUACCUCUCGCGACAUUCAUUUUAAUUUUAUACCAGUUUUCACCAGGGGAGGCAAUCCAGUGUUAUCAGUGUGACAGCAAUGAAGACCUUUCUUGUCCCUCCAACAUGCCGUUUGACAUCAAUGUCAACGCAGUUGUAGACUGUAACAGUUUUGAAGCUCAUGUUCCAGGGCAGUUUUGUGCUAAAAUCUACCAGGAGGGCCCAGGCUGGGGUUCAUGGAUUAAGUACACAAGAAGAUGUGCCUCUUGGUCUGAUACAGGUGUGGCCUGGGGCUGUCGUUGGAUGUGGGAUGACAAUGGGGUGUUCCGGGAGACCUGUUACUGUGACAGAGAUGGCUGUAAUAGUUCAGUCUGCUUGUCUCUCAGUAUCCACUUGCUAACAGUUACUGCCUGCGUGGUGACUGCCAUCCAGUGGUUCUUGUGAUCUAUUUGACAUACAUAGACUGUACAUAAUGUCAUGGCUUCCCAUUAUACAAUGUAGAUGAGCAUGUUUCCUAAAUUGGCAAGAGGUGGACAUUUACAGAUUAUUUUUUGUUGAUUAUAUAUGAAAUAUACUUUCCAUUUUAUAUAAGGUAACAGAAUUACUCACUAUUCCAUGUGUAUAUUUCAUUUUGUACAUGUAUUAGAUGUUUUUGGAAAUAUCAUUUUAAUAAUGGCUUUUCUGAGUUAAAAUUCAUAAUUUUCAUCUCUUUGACUAUAGGUGUAAUUUUUAGCAGAGAACUUUGGGAUGAUAAAAACCUUUAAUCUCCUAUAGUCUAACACACACCUUCACUGUGUGUCUUUAUUCUGCAUCAACAUGUCAAACAUGUUAUAGAUCUGUGCCCAUACCAGCCAAUAUGUCAACAUAUCCCUGUACAUAGACAUACAAAAACAAAAUCAUAACUUCUCCGUAUUUACAUUUUACAAUAUCAAUUUCAUAUCAAAUUGCGAUUUUAAAUGCUUAAAAGUGUAAAUUGUAUUGUUUAAAACUGUGUUCCUGGCGACUUGUCACAGGAACACCGCCAAUGUAUUAAGACAUAUCAUGUUCUACAGACACAAUGUCUGUAUGCAUAUCACUUCAAUAAAGGCCUUUUGUAUAGUUUUAUUAUA